AGCGAGCGGAGUCGCCGACUUAGCGCCGGACAACUUGUGAGCUGUGGCCGCGAGCGACGGGAGCCCCCUCGGCCCCCCGCCACCGUCUCCUGGCCUGACGGAUGCGGAGGCUGAGUUAGCGUAGCCGCAAAUUCCAAGCGCAAAGGUUGGUUUUCCGCCACGUCAAGAUGCCCUUCAUGCCGGUCAAGUUCAACCUGCAGAAGCGGGUCAAGCUGGCCCAGGGUCUGUGGAUCCUCUACUGGACGUCGGUCCUGGUGGGAGUCCUCCUCUUCGGCCUGGGCGUCUUCUUCAAGGUGGAGCUGCGCAAGAGAAGCGAGCUGAUGGACGAGAGCGAGAGCCACUUGGUGCCCAACCUGCUGAUCCUGGCCGGGCUGCUGGCCUGCGUCCUCAACGCCUUCGGGGGCAAAGUGUGCCACGACUCCCUGGACCCGCUCAAGUACUCCAAGUGGAAGCCCUUGCUGAGCAGGUUCCUGCUGCUGUGCUGCGCUUUCAACGUUUUGCUGCUGCUGCUGGCGCUGCUCUGCUUCCUCAUGCAGUUCGCCAUCUACCUGACGCUGUCCCAAGGUCUGAAGAGCAGCAUCCGCUUCUACAAGGACACCGACACGCCGGGACGCUGCUUCAUGAAACGCACUCUGGACUUGACGCAGAUCGAGUUCCGCUGCUGCGGCAACGUCAACUUCAGGGACUGGUUCGAGGUCCAGUGGAUCAGCAACCGCUACCUGGACAUGAGCAACGACGAGGUCAAAGAUCGCGUCCUGAGCAACGUGGACGGAAAGUUCCUGAUGGACAGCGUUCCGUUCAGCUGCUGCAAUCCGGGAUCCCCUCGGCCGUGCAUCCAGCACCACCUGACCAACAACUCGGCCCACUACGACUACGACCACCGCACCGAGGAGCUCAACAUCUGGACGCGGGGCUGCCGCGAGACCCUGUUUUCAUACUUCAGCAGCCUAAUGACCAGCAUCGGCGUGCUCAUCAGCGCCACCGUUCUGCUGGAGUGUGCAGACAUGGCGGGCUUGAAGUACCUGAGCACGGCUCUGGAGACCAUGGCGGACCCCGAGAACCCCGAGUGCGAGAGCGAAGGCUGGCUGCUGGAGAAGAGUGUCAAAGAGACGCUGGCGGAGACGCUGGCCAAAAUCAAGACGCUGGGCAAGUCCAACCACGUCGAGGAAGGAGAGGAGGCCGGCGCCUGAGACGCGCGCCCGCUGGCAGACGCACACGAACGCGCGCUGUAAAUAACCACGUCACAAACAUGGUGCGCCCUAAGAUUGCAUUGGGCUCUUCUUAGAGAACACGCCAUCACUUUUUUUUAACCUUUGUAGUCAAAAAUACACACACUGUAAAUAGAUGCAUCACAAACAAGAUGGAUGAACAGAAAAUCAUGUUCAAUUCGCACGACUUUUUCUAACCCGGGCAGCCAAAUACACGAACGCACUCUCACACACGCACACGUGUCGACAUUUUCAAAGUUUUUCUUUGCUCCUUCUAACGGUUGUGAUGUUUUGUUGUCUUGCAGAGAUUUUAGUCCCAAAAAGUAUAAAGAUAGGAUGAUUGACAUCCAAGCGUGUCACUCAUCUUUCUUGCUUGUCCUCGGUGUGCGUUGUGCGGCGAGACAGAAGUCCACCCUGGAGAUUUAUUUGUCAAUUGAAUGAAUGGAAUUGUAGAAGACUGUUUGUUGUUGUUGUUGUUUUUGCUGGACAAGCCGUCGGACCCAGGCGAGCGAGCCCAGCCUCUCUCCGGGAAGGGACAGCUGCCUGGGAGUCGUGCCGAUGCAAUCGCCGAUGUGGCCGCCAGAGAGCGCUCUCGACUCCACUCCCAACUUCGAGAGGCGCAAUCGGGCCCAAGCCUGACCGUCAACGGCUCCCUAGAUUGGCAGUUUCAACCAUAAACAUCCCACACGCUACGAUCCCAAAACGCUUUCAUGCAGGGACAUUUGCAAGAUCGAUUUCACUGUUGUGUACAUUUGAAGGCAAUUUCUAUGAAAGAGAAGCAUAGCAAUCAGAUGAAGGCUCAUUGAAUGUUGAGCCACAGCAAAAGAGGAACGAUUGGAUUUAUAAAAGCCUCAUAUUGGAAGAUGGCUAGCAGUGCGCACGUUUAACGUCGCUUUUUUAGGGGUUUUCAUUGCAUUAUUCUUGAGUAUUUUUGUAAAACAUACGCACGGUUGCAUUGUACUUCCUAUUUCUAUUCAUGAGUAGUGGUUUUUAGCAAUAUCCAGUUGUACUUUCUGAUACACAGUGGAACUUGAUCGAAUAUGCAGUCUUGCGCUGUCCAAUUGUAGUGUCGGGUAGUGGGGAGGCCUGCAGCUUCGGUUCCGCUGCCCCCCCGCCUACCACCGGUCGUGCUUAUUACACAGACUCAUCGCUGUGGUUCCCUUGCUUGAUGCUCCACAUUGCAAAUCAACCAUGUCGUCCGAGACGGUAGAGUAAGCUCCUCGUUCUUUUGCACACUAGACACUCUGUCUGUCGCCUACCGCUGAAUGAAUAAAUGAAUGAUCUGCGUA